UAUAUAUUGCGGACGAUUGUUGCUCCGGCGUCCUAACAUUUAGCAAUGGAGGGCUACAGAUUUAUACUUGACGGGUUGUGUCUCUCGCUCUGUGUUUGGUUCGUAGGUUGCCACCCGGACCUCCGUGAGUUGAUCUCGAAAAGAGGAAGAAAUAAAGAAGGAAAAAUACGUCUCGUGGGCGGCCGAACAGAGUAUCAGGGUAGACUAGAGGUAUUCCAUGAUGGACGCUGGGGGACAGUGUGUGACGACAACUUUGAUCGAUUCAGUGCACGAGUUGUUUGUAGACAGCUGGGACACAGCGGAGGUAAGGUGACCGAGUUUGCCUCUGGUAUGUAUGGUCCAGGAGAGGGUCCGACAUGGAUGGACAACGUGUCGUGUGAGGGCGGAGAGACCAGGCUCGUGGACUGUAACUUCCCUGGAUGGGAAAUUGAGGACUGCUCUCAUUUUGAGGACGUGGGCAUCAAGUGCGACCGAGUGGAAGAAGGAAAGCUGCGGUUAACCGGCGGUGCUACUCCCCUCCAAGGCCGUCUGGAAAUCGUCCAUGACGAGCGUUGGGGCUCUGUAUGUGAUGAUGGAUGGACUCAGGUGAAUUCUCGUGUCGUGUGCAGUCAACUAGGUUACAGCGGAGGGACUGUCUAUGAAGCCUCCGAUGGUAGCGGGACAGGUCCUAUAUGGAUGGAUGACGUGGCGUGUCGGGGUGACGAGGACAGCCUGAUGGACUGUAACUUUCCGGGAUGGAAACUCGAGGACUGCUCGCAUUUUGAGGACCUGAUGAUUGCCUGUGAUCCUCUCGAAGAAGGAACCGUUCGACUGGUCAGUGGUCAAAAUGAACAAGAGGGUAGGGUCGAAAUUGUCCACAACGGAAAAUGGGGAACCAUCUGUGACGACGACUUUGACGAGAACGACGCCCAGGUCGUAUGUCGACAACUAGGAUACAGUGGUGGCAGUGUUGCCAGGGAAGCAGCCUUCGGAAGAGGGAAGGGUCCCAUUUGGAUGGACCAGGUCACGUGUUCAGGAAAUGAACAACGAUUGACGGAAUGUGAAUACCCCGGAUGGAGGCAAGAGGACUGCUCCCAUUGGGAGGAUGUUGGAGUGGUGUGUAUCCCAGUGUUAACUGUACCCGAGGAAGAAGAGGAUAGGAACGAGGUGGAAUCCAACAAUUCACCGAUCUAAUUUGAUUAUAAGAGAGGGACACUACUCCUUGGGGGUAUACUAUGCCUAUUUCCGCUUAACAGUGUUAUUUCCGUGAUUUUCACGAUGUGAUGAAAUUAUAUAUAAUGGUCGACCAACAGACGUAGGAUGAAGGAGACUACCCAGUGUAUAUAACACAUUGGAUGUGUUCAGUUACCCCAACAAAACGUAGCACAGGAAACACGAUUCUGCAGAUCCCCAACACAAGUCGUUUUGAAGGCGGUGUACGAUGCGAUGGGCAGGUCUAUUUUUCUCUCUGAACCGGUACAGGCAGCUUUUCGGGAUAUUUUCAACCCUCGAAACCAAGAUGACAAUACUUUACACACCUAACAAUAUUGAAACCCCACGUUGAGACAAAGAUAAUACAUAUACUUGGAAUCAUACAGUAACUGUCAUGUUACUGCUCCGCCUCCGAUUUAAAUAUGAAAAUAAAGACAAUAUCAG